UAUCUUUAAAAAUGAAGUUUUUCUGAAAAAUGGUACUUUCGCCCCUGCUCUCCCCUAGCAUCUACAGCUACCAAACUUUCCAGUUUUAUUCUUAUUUAUGUUCUGAAGGUUUUCACGGAGGGUUUACUCAAAAACACAAUAUAAUACCUUUAUCAGCUGGGUACCGCUGACUGGUACUGCCAGUAAACUAACAAGAACAAGACAUUGCGAUGGAGUAUAAACAAUAACAGCUAAUGUUACAGGUUCUGCACGGUUAUGUUGUUGUUAAAGAUGUCAUUUUUUUUCAUGUCAGCAUAAAUGGUACACUAUCCUAACCGAGGUGAUUUACUAAAUCUUAACUGGAAUACCAUCGUAAUUAUUAUUUUGUACUUUGUUUACAUUGUUCGGGUCACCCUCCUCGGUCUUUUUAUAAUGUGUCUUGUGAUAGGGAAGUCAGGCGCUUAUCACAACAACAUGUGCGUGACUCACAGCUGAUCUUGUCUUUCACGCCGAAAAGCCAUCGAUACAGUCGAAAUAAUCCAUUAAUAUGUUUUUCUUUUGGUGUACGCACUAUGUAAAUAUUGCUAUUUAAUUUGUUUAGGUGGUCCGUAAUCCGCUGAAAGCCUUUUAGCCACCACUGAUGUAUGAACGAAUCUUCUUAAGAGUCGAAUCCUUUCGAUGAUUCGAUCGAAAUAUAUCGGUUUAUAAAUCCCAUAGACAUCAUGAAUCCGGUCUAAAUGAAUCAGACACGAAGUUAAUUGUUCAUUGUAAAUGCAAAUGACAUGUAACAAGCUAUGCUUGUACUUAAGAGACCACGUGAAGACAUUGAACCAAAAUGUUUGAAAGAACCGAUUCGCGGAAAUGACUCUAAAUCGGACUUCCUCUUCCUCGAAAACUACUGUUUCUUAGAACCCCACCCUCUUUUGAAGCUGUCAACUAUGGCAUGCGAGGAAGAGAGAACUCAGGAAAACCUGACGGACUCUGACGGACGAAUCCACAUAGUACCAGAUGAGAUGAAACUAGAAACUAGCCAAAACAUUUGCCAGGACUUCAUCUUGGGCAGAUGUGGCUUUGGAGAUAGAUGCCGACUGUCUCACAGUGUGCUUGACGUCCCUCAAACCACACACUCAGAGGAAGAUGAUACAGCCGUCACAGAAAAGCAGAGCAAGACCCGAAAAAAUGGAAAAAAGACUCAUUCUGAAAAGCAGCCUCUAGAGCCUGAGAAGGACGACAAUUUAACAACUGCCACUGGACAACAUGAAGAGUCCAUCAACACAGGAGAUGUUUCAAAUGACCUAGAGCAAGUGACAGAGUUUUCUGAAGAACAGGAUGAUUUUGUAACUUCAGGUAUAACAAAAAACAAACAAGAGCUGGGAGAUGCUGUAGAUCGUUCCUUUACCGAAAAUGCUGAGAAAGGACCCAGUGACGACAUCUUACUUUUGAAAAAACAAUCUGCACCAGAAGACAAAAAGAUGGCAGCUUCUAAAAAACUGAGUUUGAAUCGGUUGGCAAAGGAGUUAUCUGUCGCUCCUAAAAAAGAACAGACUGAAAUAGUGGAAGAAUGGAAGGACAGCUGGGAUGGAGUGAGUGGUUCAAAAGCAGAGCUGGUAUCAUUCAUUCUGCCAAAACCACUUUUAAGACAUCCACCCCCAAACAGACCCACACACUUCAUCUGCUUCCGCGUGGACUCUCCCGCCUGUCUCCAGGCCUUCCAGCGCAUUCAGAGAAAGGUUCUCUCCCUCCUCCCUCAGUCAGAGCCGCUAUGGAUGGACCCCGCAACUUUACACGUAACCCUUUCCUUACUUGUCCUGAAGUGCCCAGAGGAAGUCAGCGCUGCUGCUGAGCUCAUGCGUACCACAAUCAGAAACUCCCACAAACCCGCUAUUUCUGUGUCUUUCACUCCAAAACUAAGGCACUUUAAUGGGACUGUUCUCCAUGUGACCCCACAACCCCUGUUCCAUGUCCAGAGCCUGAAUUCCCCUCUUCAAGAAGCCUUCAAGGAGAAGGGCUGGCUACACCGUCAUUCCCGAUCCCCGACGUACCAUCUCACCCUGGCCAAAUCACGGGGGCCCAUGACAGAGAAGAUGUUUGAAAGGAUAGAGACCGUUAAACUGGGCAAAGAUAUCAACUUUGGCAAGCAAGAAGUAAAUAAACUCUAUCUAUGUGUGAUCGGUCAUACAAACACAGAGAAUGGUUUCUAUCAGGUUGUUGGUGCUGUGCAGCUGCCCAAUGUGUAAAAGUUAACUCAUCUGAACUUGGGGAUGAUGGUUAUUAAUUACGUCAAAUACCUGAUGUGUUUUAAAUCAAGGAGUCAGUCUAAUGACUUCUACGUUCUUUAUUUUGUGCGCCUAAUAUCACAUUUAUAUUUAUAGAUGCAGAAGUAUCCCAAAGCAUAGUCUCGUGUAGCCAGACCUUCAGACUGACAGCAGAAAGUCUGGAAUGUAUGGCAGUUUUUAUAGUCCGAGGCCCGCCCGUGACGCCAUUUGACCGACAUAUCAAACAACCAAUCACAGUUCGUUUAAUUCUGUGUCACGUUUCAGGGUGUGGUAAUGUCGCGUGUUAAACUCUCAGAAGUAUUUUAAAGAUUCUAUGCUGCCAACUUUAAAUAUUUGACAUACUUUUGAAUAUCCAGCAUAUAGUUGAUCGUGAUAAGCGCUCGUCGUCACAGUUGUAAACUCGACGUCUUUCUUCUUUCGUGAGUGGGUUUGGCGCCACAGCAUUUUUGUUUCCAGGUGGAACAUUAAAGAACACGACACACAUGUCUUCCUGAAAUCAUGUAUAAUUCAACCAAUCCAAUGACAACUUCGACACUCCUAAAGUUGUUAAUAUUUCACACCCACCACUAAAACGAAAUGCAUGGUUGCGAGUUAAAAACUCAGAUUUAUUUAGAUGAGUUCACAAGUUGAUAAAAUAUAAUAAUUAAUCAUUACAUCAAUUUAAAAUUUUAUGUAAUUUAAACAGAUUUUUUAAUAGAUUAUUUUUUUUUAAAUAAAUUGUCAUAACUUAAAAUUGUCUUCAACUGGGAAGUGGAUUUCUAGUUCUCAGCAAGCUUUGCUUUGGACAGGAUGAGGUGAAUAUAUGUUGAAGUAAUUUUUUGUGUUUUUUAUAGUUAAAAGGAAAUAUCUGUUAUUGUUCAACACUGUCAUGAUUGACAUUUUACAAAUUAAAAUAGUUUUUACGUUAAA